GAGGAUAAAGGGAGCUUGAAUCGCAAGGAAACAUCGAGAUGGAGAGGGAGAAAUCGAGCCGAAAAGAGCGAGAAUCAACGAAGGAAAGGGAGCACAAGCAUCGAAGCUCCAAGGAAAAGUACAGAGAACCCACCAGCGACGAAGACGAUCAUCGACACCACAACCGUUAUCGCUCANUCCGACCCGCUUACCCGAAUAAAAGAUGUGGAGUAUUUGAAGUUGCUAAACCUAAUCUGAGUUCUCUUCACAGUGAGAGGAUAAAGGGAGCUUGAAUCGCAAGGAAACAUCGAGAUGGAGAGGGAGAAAUCGAGCCGAAAAGAGCGAGAAUCAACGAAGGAAAGGGAGCACAAGCAUCGAAGCUCCAAGGAAAAGUACAGAGAACCCACCAGCGACGAAGACGAUCAUCGACACCACAACCGUUAUCGCUCAAAGCACCACGGCGGCGAUGACGAUGGGGACCGCCACAGAUCUGAGAAUCGCCACCGCCGGUAUUCCGAGGAGGAUGCCUUCGAUCGGGAGAGAUCGGUUGAGCGUCGGAGGAGCGAGAGAGAGGGAAGCCGAGACCGAUACAAGCGGGAGAGAUCUCCAGAGCGGGAAGUUCAGAGAGAGGAAUCUGUGGAGAGGCGGCAUUUGAGCAAGAGGAAAGAGAGAGGAGACAGUGAGGAUAGAAAAGAUGGGACUGAGAAGAGAUUUAGGGUUUCAGAGGGCAAGAAUGAGAACGGAGUAGAGAAGGAAGAUAGAAGGGAGAAGAGGAGGUUUGAUGACAGUGAGGUUAAGGAUAGAGAAGACACUCAAGAGAGGAGAGAACGGAAGAGAUUUGUGGAUAAAAUGAAAGAGGAGGAUACUGGAGUUGACAAUGAAAGGGGGUUCCAACAAAAAACUGUUAAGAAAGAGGAGCCAGUUGAUUCUCAUCAUGUUGAUUCCAUUGCCAGUGGGGCUGCAAUUGAAUCACUCAAAAAGGCACCAAUUAAUUUUCCUGGAACCCCUUUGGCUCCUACUGAUUCUACUGCUACCAAGGUAUCUUCGAUUUCUACAAAUGAAAAUAAGGGAGUUAAUAUUAUCAGAUCUCAUGAGGUUCCUGGGAAAUCCAGUACAGAUGGGAUAGCUUCCGAUGCUGGCAAGACAAAGGGGUUGUCUCUUGAUGCUUUAGCUAAAGCCAAGAGAGCUUUACAAAUGAAAAAGGAGCUAGCUGAAAAGCUUAAGAAGAUUCCUUCGUUGAGCAAGGCUGCUGGUCCAACUAGAGAGGGAAAUCUUCAAUUGGGAGCUACAGAGAGCAUUAAAGCUCCAUUAUCUACUACUGCUCAAGCUGCAUCUUCCAAUUCAGGGUUACUACCCACACCAUCAAGCUCAUUGAACCUUCCUUCCGGUGCUUCUGUCAAUCUACCACCUAGUGGCUUGCCUCAUCUCACAGGGCUCACAGUACAGAAGUAUGAAGCUGUUAAACGUGCCCAAGAGCUUGCUGCGAAGAUGGGAUUUCGUCAAGACCCAGAGUUUGCUCCUCUAAUAAACAUGUUUCCAGGGCAGAUGCCAUCAGAUGUUACCAUCCAGCCAAAGCCAUCCAAAGUUCCUGUUCUCCGUUUGGAUGCUUUAGGACGGGAAAUAGAUGAACAGGGAAAUGUUGUUAGCAUGUCUAAACCAUCUAGUACUCUUAAGGUUAACAUCAAUAAGAAGAAAAAAGACGAUUUCCAAAUAUUGAAACCAGAGCUUGAAGUUGACCCUGAGCAGAACCCUCAUUUUGAUCCUAGGAUGGGUCUUAACAAAACCAAGAUUCUGCGUCCCAAGAGGAGUUCUUUUCUUUUUGUAGAGGAAGGCAAAUGGUCCAAGGAUGCAGAAACCAUAAAGCUGAAGAGUCAAUUUGGAGAAGCACGUGCCAAGGAGCUAAAGGCAAAGCAAGCACAGUUAGCAAGGGCAAAAGCAGAGCCUGAUAUAAAUCCAAAUCUUAUUGAGGUUUCACAGAGAGUUGUGACCCACGAAAAGCAAAAGGAGUCGAUUCCCGAUGUUGAGUGGUGGGAUGUUCCUCUAUUGCAAUCUGGCACAUAUGCUGACAUUACCUAUGACAGUAUAAGCCACGAUAAGCUCAGGAUGGAGAAAAUCACCAUUUAUAUUGAGCACCCACGUCCCAUCGAACCUCCUGCGGAAUCGGCCCCUCCUCCUCCCCAACCACUAAAGCUAACAAGAAAGGAGCAGAAGAAGCUUCGUACACAACGUAGAUUGGCUAGAGAGAAAGAUAAGCAAGAGAUGAUCAGGCAAGGGCUAUUAGAGCCACCGAAACCGAAAGUUAAGAUGAGCAACCUCAUGAAGGUUCUCGGGUCAGAAGCCACACAGGACCCCACAAAGCUUGAGAUGGAAAUCAGAAGUGCUGCCGCUGAGAGGGAGCAAGCCCACAUAGACAGAAAUAUUGCACGCAAGCUUACCCCUGAUGAACGGCGUGAAAAGAAAGAGAGGAAACUCUUUGAUGACCCCAAUAGCUCCCUUGAGACUUUGGUUUCCGUGUACAAAGUCAAUGACCUUUCACACCCUCAGACACGGUUCAAGGUGGAUGUCAAUGCUCAGGAGAACCGAUUGACGGGGUGUGUGGUUAUUUCAGAAGGUAUUAGCGUUGUGGUGGUUGAAGGUGGUAAUAAAGCAAUAAAGCGUUACGGAAAACUUAUGCUUAGAAGGAUUGACUGGGCCACUGCUGUCAAAACAGAUGGGGAUGGAGAUGACGAGGACGAUGAAGAGAAGGCUGUUAACAAGUGCGUCUUGGUCUGGCAAGGGAGUGUUGCCAAACACAGCUUCCACAGGUUCCUUGUUCAUGAAUGCAGGACCGAAGCUGCGGCACGGAAGAUUUUUGCUGAUGCUGGUGUUCCCCACUACUGGGAUCUUGCUGUCAACUUCAAGGACGAAGAUUUUUGAAUCCUGAGAUGGGUACUUCUCNAGAAGGAUUGACUGGGCCACUGCUGUCAAAACAGAUGGGGAUGGAGAUGACGAGGACGAUGAAGAGAAGGCUGUUAACAAGUGCGUCUUGGUCUGGCAAGGGAGUGUUGCCAAACACAGCUUCCACAGGUUCCUUGUUCAUGAAUGCAGGACCGAAGCUGCGGCACGGAAGAUUUUUGCUGAUGCUGGUGUUCCCCACUACUGGGAUCUUGCUGUCAACUUCAAGGACGAUGAUUUUUGAAUCCUGAGAUUUGUACUUCUCAACAAGGUGCAACUUUCCUGCUCUUUAUUUGGUUUCAUGCUUCUUUAGAUGGAGUUUUAAGUAAUCAUCACUGAUUAUUACACCUUGUUUGUCCAGAAGGGAUAAAAUAGUUAGGGGCAUACCCUCAUACAUAUUGACUACAUGGGUGUCAAAUGUCUUUUGUUGUAUGCUUUUCUAUCUGAUUCACUCUGCUUGAGGUUCGUCACAAGAUUGACUAGUUUGAUGUUCCUCAUUUAGAAGAGAAACUAUGUCAAUGAAACCCUUUUUUUACGAUUUGAGCUGAACUUUUUUAAUAACGCUGAUGCUUUUCGACUAAAUCCCUUAAUAUAGUUUUGGUGAUUAA